CCUGUCAGCACUGCUACGUACUAGAACCGGGAAUGAUCGCGGUCGCUGUGAUGUGUAUGGCCGAUGGAUGUUGGUGUCUGGAGCUCGAGCAUGAGGCCGUACCGUACUGCGUCAAGAUUCAAGAGGCAGUGUCCACUGUCAGCGCCCUAAGGUGGAUGCGUCCGGUGAACCGAACAAAGAGCCCUUCCCACGACAGAACAUCAACAAAGAACCCCCCACCAUCGAAACAUUUUAUGUAUAUUGGUACUCUACUACCUAGUAGGGCGUUGCAACUAGACCACAUCUCAGCCGCAGUCCGUCGUCGUAACGGUCUUCGAGAAAAAUUGGUGCGGAUGAAACGGCUGGACUCCAGAGAUGGGUUUGGAGAUAGGUCUUCUACAAUUGUAUGAUACCGGCACUGCACUCGGAAUCCUCGCUAGAGAACUAGAGUACGCCCACAUGUCCUUGAGUCGAUCACAUAAACCCGGGUUGUUCGCUAGAU